AUGUCUAAGCAGAAAAUUUCGACGUCGGUGAUAGAUAGGAUUAGCAGUUUUCCCGACGACAUCCUGAUUCGCAUUCUCUCUUCUCUUCCCAUUGAACAAGCCUGUGUCACUUCCAUUCUUUCAAAGCGAUGGACUCAUCUUUGGUGUUUUGUUCCCGAUCUUGACUUCACCAAAACCAAAUGGAAAGACCAAGAAUCCUAUUCCCGCUUCGAGGAAUUCGUCUUCUCCGUCUUGUACUCACGAGAAGCUGCUGGUAAUCAUUCCAUCAACACUUUCAUCCUUGACAUUGAAUACGAUUCCUCUGAACUUCUCUUAGAUGGCAUUAAAAAUAUCCACAAAUGGGUUGACAUAGUGGUUAAAAGCAAAGUUCAAAACAUCCAUCUCUAUCCUCAUGUCCCUCUUAACGGUGAGGAAACAAUACUCCCUAAGUUUCCUAUGAGUAGUAUCCUUAGUUGUACAACCCUUGUAGUUCUCAAGCUUCGUUGGUUCAAUUUAACUGUGGUUAGUGAUCUUUCUAUUAGAUUACCCUCACUAAAAACCCUACAUUUGAAAGAGAUUUACUUUGAUCAGCAACGUGAUUUUAUGAUGCUUCUAGAUGGAUGUCCAGUUCUUGAAGAUCUUCAACUAUGUUAUAUAUACAUGACACGUCAGAGUCAUCAUUCUCUUGAUGACUUUGAAAGCAGCUCAAUGUUAAAAAAAUUGAACAGAGCAGAUAUUACUGACUGUGAAUGCUAUUUUCCGGUGAAAUCACUUUCAAAUUUGGAGUUUCUACGCAUAAAACUAUCCGAGGUUUAUCACCCUCGUGACUUUCCUACGUUCAACAAUUUGACUUGGUUAGUGCUCAACUAUGAUUGGGAUAUAGUUGUUCAAGUGCUCCAUCAUUGCCCUAAGCUUCAAAAUCUUGACCUUUAUCAGGUACGAGGCGAAGACGAAUGGGAGUACGAAUAUGAGUUCUUUGCAGAAAAAGAAAAUUGGGCCAAUCCAAAAUUUGUUCCAAGUUGUCUUACAUCAAACCUUACAACUUGCACUAUGUGGGACUUUGCAUAUGCAGGCCAACAACUGAUGGAUAUUCGUGACUUUCCAACCUCUGAAACAUCAGAGCAUGAGGUUUCUAGUCCUACCCCUGCUGCCAAUCCAUUACCUCCUCCCUAUCGGAUAUGCAAGAAUCGCUCAGAAGCAUGGGAUCACUUUAUAGUUGUUUUAGAGGAGGAAAAGAGAGCAAAAUGUAUUUACUGUCCCAAGGAGAUAAAGUUUAACGGUGGAACAAGUUCAAUGAGAAAUCAUUAG